CCUUUCUUAUCUUGGGAGAUAAUGCUGUUGAAUAAUCUGUGAGCUAUAUGCAAUAAAUGUUAUUACAGUAAUCAAAUAACACUGGCUAUAUGCAAUAAAUGUUAUUGUAGUAAUCAAAUGACACUUUUUUUACUAGAUGAACAUUGUAUUCUCAUUUCUGAUAAAUGGAAAUGGGAGGAGGGAUCACCUCCUCUUGAUAAAAGAAAGUAAUCUUAUAAUGCUGGCAGUAUUAUAGAUAUUACUUCAUCAAUUAAUUUUCUUUUUUGCAGUGCCAGAAAGAUUGACGUGGAAUUGUUAUAUGGCAGAUUGAUAGUUCAUGAGGUAAGCAAGGUUACUAUUGUAAGAACUGCAUGAGUCAUGAGAUGAUGAGAAUUUGAGAAGAGGUCUCCAAUGGUACCAGCAAUCGGACAGCAUCCUGAACUGAAAUAGAGCCAUCGUCAGCAUACUUGGUAAUUACGGCUUCAAUCUGUUGUGCGAGUCAUACAUUGCAACUCACAAUCUUCUAUUAAAACUUAUUAUAAGAUGUUUGGUUUUCUAUUAGACUUUCUUGUAAGCAAUCACUCCUCUCAUUAUUAAAAAAAGAGAGUUAAAACUGACCAAUUACUGCUAACGCCGCAAUUAAUUUUGAUGAACAACAUUGGUAUGUUACAUAUCAUCAUUGCUUACAGUUGUGCCCAUAAAAGUUUAUGGUACCAUUUAUCAAUUAUUUAUUGUGAUGAAAAUGUGUUGUUUGAUGAUGAACUGAAAUUUGGGAUUGGGAUUUGUUAUAUUGGAACUUCAAAGACAGAGAGAGUAUUGUAGCUGUUGAAUAAAGGAUGCUCCAACAUUAGAUACUUUGGAUUUGUGACUAGUUUUCUGCAAGUUAGUAUUUGUUCUUGUUUCCCUUCCUUUAGUAAAUCAUUCGAUUAUUCUUCUGACCAUUCUUUGUUCAAAAGGUCUUGAAUCCUUAAAUAUUUUCAAUAUGUAAUGUUUGGUAUUAUCAUGUUGGCCUUUUCUUGGUGCAGAAGAUCAGAUUAGGCUUAUAUCUUGAUAUGCUGAAAGUUUACACUUCACCCCUCAUUUAUCUGGGCAAGGAAAGGACAUCUUUUUUCUUUACUCAAUUUGAUGUAGAGAAUAUUGUUUAGCUAUAGUGCUAUACAAUUGUGAGUAUGAAAAAAGAGAGCAUACCUCACCACUGAUGUAACAAAAAUCCAGCUAAAUAAAGAUGGCACCAAUGCAAUGGAGCUUGUAACCGUUUUUCUUUCCUGUGGCUGCAUACAUCCCAAAAUCAAAUACUACAAUGGCGCACCUUCUUCUGAGCUUCUAUGUAUGGGCUGGUAUUAUGAUCUUGUUGCUAUUUCUUGAUCAAUUUCGGUCAAUCAAAUGAAGUAGUUCACAAAUUGGCCAUCUUAUUCUUUUCGUAGCGUGCAAAAAUGCAAGCUAGAUUGGUUUGAAACAGAGCAUAUAAGUGAAGGUGAAUUUUCCAACAUGACCAACAUUUUGAACUUGGAUGUAAGAAUUUCCUUUUUUUUUGUUUUGACAGUACCCCCAGCUUCAGGGCACUAAAGCAUCCCUUAGUCUAAGGGCAACUGAGAAAGAGAUGUUUAUUUGCAUGAAGGGGCAUAUGCACAGCAUUUCAAAUCAAACUUGCGGAUGCAAGCCUCUCAUCCAUCAUGGUGAAGAAUAUCUCACUUUCCAUUUUUAUAAAUUCUCUUAGCAAUUAUUUUUGUCACAUCAGUAGGUUCAUUUAACAUCCCUAAGCACAGCUGGAUUAAGUUUCAGCAACCCAGAUUCUUUUAUGCAUACCAUAUUUGGUUAGUUAAUCCAACUAAGCAAUAAUAAUUACUGAUAGCCACCACUAUCAAUAAUAAUCCAACUAAGCAAUAAUAGCCCAAGUAAGUAAUAGUAAUCCUUGAAAUCCAGUUGCCACCAGUUUGUUUAUUGAAAACACCUUAGCUAGCCACCACUAUUGACGAUGGUUCAAACAAUAAAGUGUGCACUCUUGCAACUUCAGUUCUAUGUUGCCUCUCAUGAGUAAAAGUUUGACAUGUUUCCAUUUUUAUCACACGUUUAGAUUGUGCAUCAUGACUUAUCCUGAACGUUGUUGACCUUCCCUACCACCGAUGCCAUGAAAUUUCUUGUCGCUGCAUCUAUUUAUACUUGCUUCUUAUGUUCAUUUCAGCUCUCAAAUCACCACCCUCAGAAAUACUAUUGUAUCGUGUGUAACCUAUCCUCAAGAGAUUAGAAAUAUGGAGAGUGAAAAACAUAUCAUUUGUAGACAUCCACCAACUUAUGGCAACCUCAUAACAGUUCUCUCGAUUGAUGGUGGAGGGAUUCGAGGAAUCAUUCCAGCUGUUGUUCUUACCUUUCUAGAAUCAGAGUUGCAGAAACUUGAUGGAGAGGAAGCCCGAAUAGCCGACUAUUUUGAUGUCAUUGCUGGGACUAGCACAGGGGGGUUAGUGACUGCGAUGCUGGCUGCACCAAACAAGAAAAGAAGACCACUUUUUGCAGCCAAGGAUAUUAAAGCAUUUUAUAUGAACCAUGCUCCAAAAAUUUUUCCACAGCUAAGGGGUCCAUUCGGUAGGAUGAUGAGGAUAUUUCGAUCAAUGUCAGGACCUUCCUAUGAUGGCAAGCACCUUCAUGAAGUUGUAAGAGAGAAAUUAGGAAGCACCAGGCUGCAUCAGACUUUAACAAAUGUGGUCAUACCAACUUUCGACAUCAAGUGGUUACAACCAACCAUUUUCUCUUCCUACGAGGUUAAGAAGAAGAACAACAACACUAUGGAUGCUCUGCUAUCAGAUAUUUGCAUCAGCACGAGCGCUGCUCCGACUUACCUGCCUGCGCACUUCUUCAGGACUGAAGAUUGUCAUGGAAACAUCAAGGAAUUCAAUCUUAUUGAUGGUGGAGUAGCUGCCAAUAAUCCGGCUUUAGUUGCCAUUGGAGAAGUAAGCAAGCAGAUAUUCAAGAAAAAUCCAGAUUUCUUCCCAGUAAAACCAAUGGACUACGGCCGUUUUUUGGUCAUUUCACUUGGCACGGGCUCCCCAAAAAUUGAAGGGAAAUACAAUGCACAAAAAGCUAAAUCAUGGGGAGUUCUGGAUUGGUUGCUUGUUGGUGGGUCCACUCCCUUGGUAGAUAUUUUCACACAAGCAAGUGCUGAUAUGGUGGAUAUCCACAUCGCUGCUGUUUUCAAAGUUUUACAUUCUGAGCAGAACUAUCUGAGGAUUCAGGAUGAUACUCUCGAAGGGACACUCGCAUCUGUUGAUGUUGCUACUAGGGAUAAUCUGGAGAAACUUGCUAAUGUUGGAGAAAUACUGCUAAACAAACCUGUCUCACGGGCAAAUUUGGAGACUGGCCAGAUGAUGCCUGCUUGUGAUGACUCAGAAAUUACCAACGGGGAAGCUCUCAAGAGAUUUGCGAGGUUGCUGUCUGACGAAAAGCGAAUUCGUGAAGCAAGAUCACCGAAAUGAAGAAAUUCCUCUCUUUUUUAUUCGUGCCAAAUAGGAAUCUUCUCUGGAUGACCUCCAUAUUUGAUAGAGCAAAAUCUGGAUCAUUUAAUUUAGAACUUAGUUGAUUUAUUCAUUGACUUGGAAAUUUCACUGUAACAUAGUAAAUAAAUGUAUAGGUGGCAUACUGAUUGGCCACACCUGUAGAAUGUCAGGCCCUGAGUCCCUGAUGUCCUGCUAGUUUUGUUCGUAUGUAAAAAAAAUAAUACAAAUAUUCAUUUCUAAUAAAAUUGAGCAUUGGACUGCCUUUUCUGUUGUGUUGUCAACUUCAGCCAUUUUAUUUUAGCCAAAUGAGUGCUGAAGGAUUGCAGGUCGGCCAUGCAGCGAGACAAUCGGAAUAAAGACGUAGCACGCUGCUGCAUGGAACAAGUACCAGAUACGAUUUCUCUACACUUUGUACGUAGAAAUAGAUAACCUAUCUCUUCUUUCAAUAACAAGAUGAGCUUCCUUUUCAGAACGGAUCGUUUUGCCCCUUUGGUACUUCCGAUGGCCAUGGGCGGGAAGACGUCCAAUUCCCAUUGGAUUUGGAGCGUGUACAGACUAGACAAAUGUAUGCAAGGGGCUUCUCUGCUUCGCUAACUCAAAGUUGCCCAUAUUUAUUAAUGACAUAACUUUCUGAAUGGGCUGCCCAAGAACCUCAUCUGUGAGUACCUUCUAGCUUUUAUCUUGCACUUGAUGUUCCAGUUCACUACCUAGUUGCCAACUUAGUAACUUGCUGGUAAAAAAAUUGUUUAACACCGAGGUGGACCAAUUUCUGUGAUAAUGGUCUUAACUAUAUGCCAAGUUGUAUUUGUUUAACUUUCCAGCAAACCAAUAGCACAACUCAGGCUCAAUGAGGGGGUGUUGGAAGCUAUUAUUUUGAUGGAUACAACAGUGCGUAGGCAUUCUAAAACUGACCUAACCUAACCAUGUGCUCCCCAAAACAAGCAAACCUGGAGCACCGAAAGAUCUGACCAGCGAUCAAUCUCACACUUGCGAGGUAAGGAAUGCAAAUUGUGCAUGAACACAUAAAUAUAAAUAUACAUGUAGCUAGUAAAGCUGAGACAAUUGGCAUUUUGGAAUCCUAGAGCUUCCCUUUAGCUGGGUGGUAGCAAAAUUUGUGUCAAUUAAGUACAAUGCUUGGACUUCAGCCAGCCAGACAUGGGGGUCAUUGUUAGUGCAAUAAUGCUAUAUAUUUGAUCGACUAUAGUUUUGGAGAAAGAAACACAUUUGACAAGUAUUUCUUGCCAUAUAGUAUGCCAAAAUCCUGAACUUUAUUGUUCUUGUUAGUGGCCUGCACCUGUUGUGUCUCCUACACCGUUGAUCCAGCACAACUUUACAGAGCCGUCGGCCCGUCGCACACAUGAAAAGUAUUUCUCCUGUCAGGUCAUAGGCCGUGCAGUUAAUAAUUAAAAGGCAAUUUCCUAGGUCCUGGGAGCCGACUAAUGUGCUUGGCCGGUCAAAAGACUAAAGAGGGCUAUUCGAUCGACGGAGCAGAAUGCAAGUUAGACGCCAAUGCAACGAGCGCCUCCUAUGCAUGGUGCCAUGGUCCAAGCAAAGAAGAUUCCCAGAUUGUGCCAUGCAAAUGCUGCUGACCUUUUCUGAAUAUCAUGCAACAUAGCGUGUCUGGGCUUCUGGCACUCCAUGAAUGUAAGUGAAUUACAUGAGUUUACAUGCACUACAUCUCUGUAAAACUUUAUGAUAGUUAACUUUCUAGGUUGAAUUUGGUGAACAUACCAUUCAGCUUUUUGUUAGAAUAUACCACACAUGCAGAGGAAUAUAUCGUUUCUGACUACAGCACUGGCAUGCGAAAAUUUUUGAAUUUGUGAAAAUGACAUCCAUGGCUUCGUGUAAUUCUUCAUGGGUGUUUGUGUUAGUUUCUUGGCGCAUCUCUCUAUUUUGACCCCUUUUUCCCUGUUCCUCGUACUGACAGCUUUGCUGCUUUAGCAUACCACAGCAUCGCAAAUUGCACUUUCUUCUCCCUAUAAAUUGUCGUAGUGGCAUGCAUCCAAAUCGAAUCUAAGCCAAGAAACUCAAUAGAGAAGAGCAGUCGCAAUAGCAAGCUAGGAGAAGCACCAGGAGCUUGUGUCUUUGGCCACCUGAACAGCACAAGUCCUCCAUACAUUUGUCAACCUGCCUAGUACAUGGCAGGUCUCAAGCUCUCAUCAUGCGUUCUGGUCGCAUUGCUCUUCGUGUCGAGCCACGUUGUGCGCCACGGCGAGGCGAGGCGGCUGACCGCGGGGGUGGCGGCGCCGGCGAGCAAGGGCGGCGAGGAGGAGGCGCCGCAGUACGCAUCCGCUCGAGGCGGCCAGCCGGCGGCUGCUGCCGGUGGCGGCGUGACGGCGGCGUCGAAGAUGGCGAGCACCGACGGCCGCCCAACCUCUCCCGGCCACAGCCCGGGGAUCGGCAACAAGGCCACCGGCAACGUCCGUUGAGAUCGAUGGACGAUCACAGUACAGUACUACACAGUUUCUUCUUGGUUGGAUUGCUUGGCAAUUGGCAUGCACAUAUAGGCAUCUGCCAAUGUCAGUUCGUGCGUGCUGCUGCAUGCAUGCACACUGUAAUUUGUUUCUCCUUUUGUUAUUGGCAUGCACAUAUAGGCGUCCGUCAGUUUGUCCGUGCUGUAAUUUAUUUCUCAGUUCGUUAUGUAAUGUACAUUGGUGAACGCGUGUUGUAAUAUUUUACUUUAUCUCAAAUAACAAAGUUGCCGAGAUUGCACACUUUUA